AUGGCAUCAGCAGGAAGAAAACAGAACAAGAAGCCCAAACAAUCAGAGGACUCCUCACACCCUCAGGCUUUUGACUUUAAUAUAGAGGAUGAAAAGAAAGGUCUUAGUGGCUCUGAGGAUGAGGCGAGAGAAGAAACUCCCAUCAUUGACAAGUUGGGCAAGAAGAGAUCUGCUAGUACAUUUGAGGAAGAUGGCAUGAAUGCAGGCGUAGGGAAUGAAGUUCAGACAAUGUUAGAAAGGUUUGGAGCUGAUAUCAACAAGGCAAUGCAGGCUAAGAGGAAACGCCUGGAAGCUUUCACCAAAAGCUCUUUGAAAGGCAGCAACCAGAAAAUAGAGCAGCUGUGGAAAACCCAGCACAGCCAGAGGCAGAAGCUGACGCAGGAGUACUCACAGCAGGUGCUGUCAGUACUGAGGCAGUGGGAGACCGAUGUUCAGAAAUCUGAGGAGCAAGAGCAGAAACUGAAUAAUUUGUUUCAGCAGCAGCAGAAGCUCUUCCAGCAGGCUCGGGUUGUGCAGAGUCAAAAAAUAAAAACCAUAAAAGAGCUCUAUGAGCAGUUCAUCAAGAACAUGGAGGAGAUGGAGAAGAGUCAUGAGGCUUUCCUCCAGGGAGCACAGAUGGAGCUGAAAAAGGAGAUGGCUCUGCUGCAGAAAAAGAUAAUGAUGGACACACAACAACAGGAGAUGGCCACCGUGAGGAAGUCCCUCCAGUCCAUGCUGUUUUAA